AUGACGACAACCAUCCUGCCCAUCUGCGCAGGUCGCUUCCCUGGAGAGCGGAAAAAACGCUCCCCGAACCGGCAAAAGAAACCCCCUCGCACGGUGAAGGAGGAAAAAGAAGUAGAAGCAGAAAAAGUCAUUCAUGAAGAGAGAAGUGAACCUAGCCUGAUCUGUCUGCCACCACGCAGCAGAAACUAUCUUCCUCCAGAGAAUAUACAGAGCUGCCUGGAGUCUCACGUCAAGGAGGUUUUUGGACCCUCGCUUACUGGUAACUGGCAGCAGACACCGCUCAAAGAAAAUAGGUUAAAGUAUCGCCUCCUGGCUCAGCUGGCAGAAGAACUUGGUCAUGCUGUCCCCAAUUCGCAGCUCCACCUGAUGCGCAGUGCUGAGGAUGUCCUGAAUUUCUAUAGCACUCCCGUGAAGGAUGUGUCCAAGUUUGAUGAACUGUGUGCUGCGGAGCUACCCCCAAACCUGAAGAUUACCUGGGAGCAGUGA